AUGACUCAGGAGGAGCAGAAAGAAAAGGUCACGGAGCCCGAAAUCGCCGUGCCGGACAAAUCAUCGCCGUCCACGGAGGAGAAGUCCGACGAUUCCAAAGCUCUUGUUCUCGUCGUCGCAAAAGAACCAGAGGAAGAGAAGAAAGAAGGUUCAGUCAACCGAGAUGCUACUUUGGCUAGACUCGAGACAGAAAAGAGGUUGUCUCUCAUCAAAGCUUGGGAAGAGGCUGAGAAAUCCAAAGUGGAGAACAAAGCUCAGAAGAAUCUUUCUUUAGUUGGAGCUUGGGAAAACAGCAAGAAAGCAUCUGUGGAAGCUGAGUUAAAAAAGAUCGAGGAGAAACUAAUCAAGAAGAAAGCUGAGUACGCGGAGCAGAUGAAGAACAAAAUAGCCAUAAUCCACAAAGAAGCUGAAGAGAAAAGAGCUAUGACCGAAGCUAAGCGUGGGGAAGAAGUUCUCAAGGCCGAGGAGAUGGCUGCAAAGUACCGCGCCACAGGAACUGAACCAACAAAGCUCUUUGGCUGCUUCUAA